AUGCAUUCGGGCGCACGAAUCCUGACCGGUUGGGUGGCGUUCGUCGCUUGCUGCCAAACAGUCACCGCACAGUUCAACACAUGCCCGGACGGUGAAUCGUGCAUACAUAUUCAUGACUGCGAACGAUUCAGUCCGCACCACAAUCAACCGGCCAAAUGGUCGACCAGCUUGCGGGACGAGUUUCGGCGACGGGUCUGCGAGCGGGGCAGAACCGACGGCAAGAGUGUGUUCAAGGUAUGCUGUGACGAUCCCGUACCGUUGGACGAGCCUGCCAAUAGGCGGGGCUUGGAGCUGCUCGAUCUGGAGCACUGUGGGUCCUACACGGACGACAAAAUUUCGUUCGGCCAGGACGCUAAACUGUUUCAGUUUCCGUGGAUGGCGCUGCUGAAAUCUAAAGCCGGCCACUUCUUCUGUGGCGGUACGCUGAUCAACGACCGCUACGUACUGACGGCGGCACACUGUCUCGUGAGCAAUGAUGUUGCGUUCGUGCGGCUUGGUGAGUACGAUCUGAACAGCACGAUCGAUUGUGAUAAGCAUGGGGAGUGUGCGAUGGCACCGCAGGACAUCCCGGUGGAGCGCACCUUCAGCCACGAGGACUACAGUGGUCGGUACAAGAUGAACGACAUCGGGCUGAUACGUCUGGCGCGCCGUGCCGAGCUGAACGACAAUGUACUCCCAAUAUGUCUACCGGUAUCACCCGAACUCGGUACGAAGCAGACGAUCUACUUCGUGGUCGGUUGGGGCCAAACGCACAACGCACUGUUCGCGAACAGGCUGCAGUACACCAAGCUGACCCUGGUGCAGAACGAUGCGUGCCAGACGCAGCUACGGCAAAAGGAUAAAUUCGUCCGCAUCACCGAUGGGCAGCUGUGCGCGAUCGGUGCCGACCUGUCCGACAACUGUUCCGGUGAUUCGGGCGGCCCGUUGAAGUCGAUCAGCAUGCAACACUCACGCUACGUCCAGUACGGUGUGGUGUCGUUCGGUUUGCGGACAUGCGGCAAACAAAGUGCACCGGGCGUGUACACCAAGGUGGAGAAUUACGUCGACUGGAUUCUGAGCCGGUUGGAAGAGUGA